CCGGAUCGCUCACCCCAAGGUAUAUAUAUAUGUGCACGCUUCUAUAAAUCGUGCCUCCAAUGGUGCUGGGCUUUCAGACGUCGCUAGUGCCCGCGGUUUAGGUUGCUGCUCUAAGCUGUAUCUAAGAAGACGUGCCUUCAGUGCAGUAGAACGAUUCUGUGUGCGGUACACGACAGUGCACGUGCAGUGUCUUUAGGCUACAAAGUGAAACAGUGACUUCCUCUUGCCCUAUAAUAAACGGGCAUUGCGUCUUUGCAGCACCAACUACAACCCUCUCAACUCUCAACCGUGUGUGGAACCUACCCUGUAUCAGAGAUAUUCUUCAUCCCGAAUUCGUCCUCAACCAACACACCGAUGUCGGCUGCGUGCUGGAAUGUCUGGAGCACCGUCCCGCAGUUGGUGCGCCUGUUCUGGGUGGUCAGCCUGCUCGCGCUCUCUCUACCAGCCGCCUCGGCCAGCUUCGAAACGAAACCGGAGUUCAUCAAGACAUGCCGGUUCGAUCAGCCAGACUUUGUCGACUGUUCCACCGAGUCCGUCCAGGGACUGUUUGACAAGCUCGUUACCGGCAUCGAAGGGCUCGAGCAUGUCGGCACGAUCGACCCGAUGAAGAUCAGCAAAAUAAGGAUCCUGCAAGGUGAUGGACCGGUCAGUGUCAACGCGUCACUUUCCAAGGUGGUGGUCACCGGUUUCGCCAGCACCAAAGUCCUCCGCAAUGUCGUCAGCAGUAAGAACUUUGGCUGGGAAACGCACAUCCGUCUGCCGAAGAUGCGGCUCGAGGGCAACUAUCACAUGCAGGGCCGCAUACUGGUGAUACCGCUGAACGGGCACGGCAAGUGCUGGUUUGAGCCGAGCGGCAUGGACAUCAUUAUGCGCACCAGCACCGACCUGUACCAGAAGAAUGGGCACGUGUUCUACAACGUGACCGGCACGAAGGUGGACUACACCAUCUCCGGCCUGCGCCUGCACAUGGGCAACCUGUUCGAGGGCGUGAAGGUGCUGGAGGACAGCACCAACCAGUACCUGAACGACAACUGGCGCCCGGUUUCGGAAGCGCUCAAGCCGAUCAUCGCGAAAACGAUCGAGGACAUCCUGCUGGCGAUCAUGCAGAACAUCUUCCACCAGCUGCCGGCCGACUACUUUGUGGCGGAUCUGCCGCGAAGCGGCGGCUCGUAGGGGAUCGGACGCGGCCCGGUUGCUACCGCCUGUACAUACAGCAAUGGUGACGCAGAAAAUUGUACUUGUAGGCUUUUAGGGGCAGGAUUGAACAAAAUAGUUGUAUUAAAUGUUAGCUAAACGCGACCGUA